UGUCAGUUCAGACAUCAAGCAAUGCCGCGCCCUGACUCUCUUAGUACCCUAGGGGAAUAUUCCAGCUCUGGUAGGGGUCGCGGGCACAUAAGGCUCAGUGCAGAAGAGACUGCUGGAAUUGCUAUACUGGCUCUAGUCAUUGCUCUUCUGUUCAUCUUUGGAUGCUGGUACUAUAAAAGGCGCAGUGGCUACAAAAUAUUAGGGAGCCAUCAGUUCAGUCCAGCAGCGAUUAGAAAUUUCAUUGGAGGAUCCAGCAAUGACAAUGAAAGUAAGAUGCCCCUACAAGACUACAGCACUAUGAAUAGUGUGGUACCUGGAGCAUCUCCUGCGUAUGAAAAAAUCUCCACAGACUUCCAGCCUCCACCAUAUACACCAUGAAAUGAGCUUUACGUCAUGUAGCUAACUAGCUUAACAUCAUUACAGGAAAAUAUUUGUCCAUUAUGACAAAAUAAAAACAAACUUGUAUUUGCUGUAUAA